AAAGAAUUUCAAAAUUUAUCCUUGGAUGAAAUAAGAAAUAUAAUAGAACAAGAAAAAAAAGAACUUAAGAAAGAUUAUAAUGAAUUUAAAUCAAGAAGAAGAUUAAUUAGAAAAUAUAGAAAAAUACAAGAAGCUAGAAAUCAAGUAAAAAAAGGAAUUGAUAUAAAAAAAAUAUAUAAAAAGAGUAAAACCAAAAAGAUAAAAAAAUUUGAAGAGUAUUUUGAGGAAUAUAUAAAAAAUAAAAAAAUUCCCAUAUAUAGUCCUGAAUAUUUACGUAAAGCUCUUGAGCGUGUUUUAUAUGAACAUGAACAAGGAAUUACAUUAGAAAAGUCAGCUCUUGAUAAUUUUGCUAGUAAUCAUAUUUUUGAAGGAAUACCUGGUAUUACACCUGAAGAAUAUUUAUUUAGAGUUCAAGCUACUCUAGAAAAUUUUUUAGUUAAUAAUAGAAAUGUUAAAAUUAGAAUGUGUUUAGUUUGUUUAAUGGAAAGAAUUUCUGUUAGAACAGAAAAAGGAGUAGAAAAAUUAGAACAGGAUAAUGCAUAUUUUUUUAGUAAAACUUAUAAAAAUUUAGAAUCUACAAAUACUGAAAAAUUAAUUAGAAAAUGUUUUAGUAAAAUUAUAGAAGAUAUAAGGGAAUAUAACAAUAAUGCAAGUGGUUGGUAUUUUAAAGAAGUUUUAAGAUUAGAAAUUCAUACAACUGAAUUUAAUCCAAUAAAGGGUUCAUCUUACAUUCCUCUUCCAUAUAGGAUAACAAAUAAAAAAGCAAUUGUUAAUAUUCAAAACAAAGACGAGAAAUGUUUUCUUUGGUGUAUACUUCGAUAUCUUUAUCCAAGAAAAGAUAAUGAUAACAGAUUUGCAGAUUUAAAGAAGUAUGAGUUUUCACUUAAAACAAAGGGUAUUACUUUUCCAAUGAAUAUAAAAGAUAUAACCAAAUUUGAGAAACUUAAUCCAGAAUUACCAGGAAUAAAUGUUUUUUCUGAAGAUGAUAAAAUGAGUAUUUAUCCUUUGAGAAUGGCAGAUAGAGAUUGUAAAAAUACUAUUGAUUUAUUUUUGUAUGAAGAAGAUGGAAAUACACAUUAUACGUUAAUUAAAAAUUUUAAUCGUUUAAUUAAAUCGCAAAAAACUAAAAGUAAGGAUGGUAACAUAUUUAUUUGUAAGAGAUGUUUUUGUCAUUACACUAAAAAAGAAUUACUAAAUAAACAUAUUGAAUAUUGUUCUAAUAAUCAAACAGCACUUAUAAAAAUGCCAGAUACAAAUAAAUUUUUACAUUUUAAAAAUUAUUACAAACAACUUCCUGUUCCUUUUGUAGUAUAUGCAGAUUUUGAAUGCUUUACAAAACCAAUGAAUAGUUGUUGUCCUAAUCCAAAAGAUUCAUAUAAUUACAACUAUCAAAAACAUGAACCAUCAGGAUUUUGUUUUUAUGCUAAAAGUAUAGUACCUGGAAUUCAUAUAAAACCAAUUAUUUAUACUAAAAAUUCUGAGGAUGAAGACAUUGCUAAAAUAUUUGUGGAAAAAAUUACAGAAGUAACAAAAGGAAUUUAUAAUGAUUUUUAUUGUAGACCAAAACCUCUUAAACUAAAUAGUAAAGAACAAACAUUAUUUGAAAACGCUAAAACUUGCCAUAUUUGUAGUUGUGAAUUAAAAAAUGAUAAAGUAAGAGAUCAUUGUCAUUUCACAGGAAAGUAUCGUGGUGCUGCUCAUAACAAAUGUAAUCUUAUGUGUAAAAAACCAAGAGUAUUACCAGUUAUAUUUCACAAUCUUCAAGGUUAUGACGCUCAUUUAUUUAUUAAACAACUUGCUAGAUUAGAAGGAAAGUUAGAUUGCAUUCCAUCUACAGAAGAAAAAUAUAUUUCCUUUUCUAAACAUAUUAAAGUUGGAGAAUUUAAAUAUGUUGGUGGUAAUGUUUUUCCAAUAACUUUUGAAAUAAAAUUUUUAGAUUCAUUUAAAUUUCUUCAAACAUCACUUGCCAAUCUUGUAUCAAAUUUAUCACCAGAUGAUUUUAAUAAUACAAAACAUGUAUUUAAGUCUAAUACUUCAUUAUUAACCCGUAAAGGAGUUUUUCCAUAUGACUAUGUUUCAUCACUUGAUAAAUUAUCUGAAACACAAUUACCACCAAAAGAAGAAUUUUAUUCAAAACUUAAUGACGAAGAUAUAUCAGAUGAAGAUUACCAACACGCAAUAAAAGUGUGGAAUACAUUUGGAUGUAAAACAAUUAAAGAUUAUCAUGAUUUAUAUCUAAAGUCUGAUGUUUUACUAUUAGCAGAUGUAUUUGAAAAUGUUAGAGCAACUUGUCUUAAACAUUACAAGCUAGAUCCAGCUCAUUACUAUACAUCUCCAGGUUUGGCUUGGGAUGCAUGUCUCAAAACUACAGGUCAGAAUUUACAGUUAUUACAUGACUAUGAUAUGUUAAUGAUGUUUGAGCGUGGCAUUCGUGGUGGAAUAACACAUAUAUCAAAACGAUAUGCAGAAGCAAAUAAUAAAUAUAUGAAAAAAUAUAAUCCUGAAAAAAAAUCAACAUUUAUUCAAUAUUUGGAUGCAAACAAUCUUUAUGGGUGGGCGAUGACUCAAAAUCUUCCAACUCAUGGAUUUAAAUGGAUGAAAGAUAUAACAUUAAAAAAGGUAGGUAAAAUUUUAGAUAAAUCAAAUCAUAGUAUGUCAAACUUUGGUAAAAAAGGAUAUAUAUUUGAAGUUGAUUUGGAAUACCCUAAACAUCUAUGGGAAACACAUAAUGACUAUCCUUUAGCGCCGGAGAAGAUUAUUGUUAAUGGUGUAGAAAAACUAAUAUGUCAUUUUAAACCCAGAAAAAAUUAUGUUGUUCAUUAUCGAAAUCUUAGACAAUAUCUUGAAAUGGGUAUGAAAAUUACUGCUGUUCAUAGAGGAAUAUCAUUUUAUCAAUCUCCUUGGAUGGAACCUUAUAUCCGAAAGAAUACAGAACUUCGAAAGACAGCAGUUAACAAUUUUGAAAAAGAUUUUUUUAAACUAAUGAAUAAUUCAGUUUUUGGUAAAACAAUAGAAAAUAUAAGGAAAAGACAAAAUAUACAUCUUAUUGAUAACCGUAAUAAAGCUAUCAAAUUAUCAAGUCGUCCAAAUUUUGAUAGAUGUACAAUAUUUGAUAAAAAUCUUAUAGCAAUACAUAUGAAGAAUACUCAAGUUUAUUUUAACAAACCAGUAUAUGUUGGUCAAGCAAUUUUAGAUUUAUCAAAAACAUUAAUGUUUGAUUUUCAUUUUAAAUAUAUUAAAGAGAAAUAUCAUAAAAAAGCAGAAUUGUUGUUUACAGAUACAGAUUCUUUAAUGUAUGAAAUUAAAACAGAUGAUUUUUAUAAAGAUAUAUCACCAGAUAUUUUAUCCAAGUUUGAUACUAGCGAUUAUCCUACUAAUCAUAAAUCUGGAAUACUAACUGGAGUUAACAAAAAAGUUAUUGGAAUGUUUAAGGAUGAAGUAUCGGGAAAACAGAUAACACAUUUUGUUGGUUUGCGACCAAAACUUUAUAGUUAUAAAGUUGAGGAUAAAAAAGAAUUAAAGAAGUGUAAGGGAAUAAAGAAAAAUGUAAUAAAAAAGAAAUUAGAUUUUGAUGAUUAUGUUAAAUGUUUAUUUACAGGUGAAAAAGAAAUGAGAAAAAUGAAAAUAAUAAAAAGUGAAAAACAUGAUAUAUUCUCUAAAGAGGUUAACAAAGUAGCUCUAAGUAAUCAAGACGAUAAAAGAAAAGUUUUCAAAGAUAAUAUUCAUACUUUAGCAUUAAGAUAAAAAAAAUUAUUUAAAAAGUAAAUACACUUAAAUAAUAAAUGUCUUACACAGAGGAAGAAAUAAAAAAAGAUUUAAAUAUAUUAUCUAACUAUAAAAAAAAACAUAUAAAGAAAUUUAAUCCUAAAUCUAAAUGUAAAGGUUGUUUAAAUACAGAAUCUUUUACAAUAGAUUCAGGAUUAAAAAUUUGUGAUGAAUGUGGAACAAUUAACGGUCAUGUUCUCGGUCAAUUUGAUUCAAAAGAUUUUGAUAGAUUAUACUAUCAAAAAAAGAGUAUUUAUCAUAGGAAGUAUCACUAUGAUAAAAAGGUUAAUCAGAUUUCUAAAUUAAUAAAUUUAAAUGAUGAACAAAAAUUUGAACUUUACAACAGACUAUUAAAAAUAGAUAAUUACAUUAUGGAA